AUGCGGCAACCUUCUCUUAACUCUCGCGAGGUUUCGUCUUCCGGAAAGCGCUGGAGGACGUUCCCUUUUGGCGUCGUGAUGUGUGGGGACUGUGUGGAGAAGGAAUAUCCCAAUCGGGGUAAUACCUGCUUGGAGAAUGGAUCUUUCUUACUGAACUUUACAGGCUGUGCAGUAUGCAACAAGCGGGAUUUUAUGCUGAUCACAAACAAAUCCUUGAAAGAAGAAGAUGGAGAAGAAAUAGUUACCUAUGAUCAUUUGUGUAAGAAUUGUCAUCAUGUAAUAGCCAGGCACGAGUACACAUUCAGCAUCAUGGAUGAAUUUCAGGAAUAUACCAUGCUGUGUCUGUUAUGUGGCAAAGCCGAAGAUACUAUCAGCAUUCUCCCUGAUGACCCCCGGCAGAUGACUCUGUUAUUCUAAGCAUCCUUCUUCUGUUCUGUUGUAAUUAUGUCUGGUUGGUUUACAAUACCAGCAAGCCUGAUGGUUUGUUUUACUUAGUUUCUAUUGAAAAUUCUUUGCUUUUUUUUUUCAGCUUGAACUUAUCUGUUCUUUGAAAGAGAAAGUAAUUUAGGGGAUUGCUGCUCUCUAAGGCUGGGCUCUUCUGUUGAUGAUAUUCCUAGUUCAUAUUAGUGCAACCAAAAUCAAGUGUCUUUAUUAGCUGUUUUGUGGCUUAAAAAAAAAAAUUCACUAGAAUGAGAACCUAAAAUCUUGAUUUCUAAUGCCAUUUUCUGAGAAAAGGAACCAGGGGUUCCUGGAGAAAUGGCUGAUUCUAGGAGGGCAGGAAUUAUGCAAGAUAUGCCUGGAACAUCUUGUAGUGCCACAAAGUAAGGAAGUGUCAAAACAAAACAAAUAACAACAACAACAACAACAAAAACCCCACAAUGAUAAGAAUGUAUCACAGGGCUAUAGGAGCCAAUUGAAAGAAUUUCCAAUGAUGAGAGCUGGGACAAUUUUAGCAAUAGACUAAAGUAGUGUUGGAUUAUAACCCAAAUUAUAAAAUAAAUAUGAGUCCAUACUGAUACAAAAAAAUGAUCAAAUGAAUAAAUAAAUGGGGAGAAUAGACCAAUAUCCCAUGCAGUAGAAUUCCAAAUAAUUUAUGCAGUAUUCCACUCCUAAGGAGGUGGAACAUAACUCCCCACUUCUUAAGUGUGGACUGCACACAGUGACUUCCUUCCAAAGAGUACCAUAUGGAAAGGUGGGGAGCAAAAGAGUAACUUCAUAGUAGAGAAAACUAAUAAACUACCUCAGCCAGGUGAUCAUGGUUAAAAGCAUCAAUGAUAAGUCAUGUUGAUGGCAUGUACUCUUUAUACGAUAUGAGAAGGGCACUUUAUCUUUGUGGUCUUUUUCCCCAAAACCUAAAAUCCCAGUCUCAUCAUGAGAAAAACAUCAGACAAAUCCCAUUUGAGUGGCAUGCCACAAAGUAGCUGACCAGUACUCAAAACUGUGAAGGUCAUCAAAAACAAGGAAAGUCUGAGAAACUGUCACAGCCAAGAAGAGCUUGAGACAUGGUGACUAAAUGUAAUGUGGGCUCCUGUACCAGAAAAAGGACAUUAAGUAAAAACUAAGGAAAUCUGAAUAAAGUAUGGAUUUUAGUUAAUAAAAAUAAAUAAAUAGAAUGAUUUCAGCUGCUCCAAAGGGAUCUUAGAAUAGUUGAAAGAGCAUUGGUUCGGGGUUCAUAAACCCUGGCAUUAGUCUUCUGCCAUUUGGACUUCAGUGUCCCAGUUCUGUAAAACUGGGCUUAUAAAAAUUGAUCUACUUCCUUCACAGUCUUGUUAGGAGAUCCAAGUGAAUUAACAAGAAAGCAUAUAAAGUUCUGGAUUCAAUGAGGUGGCUUCAGUUAGUUCUUCUCAUUCUGAGACCAAAACUUAGAGGGUCAGAUUGGAAGCACAACUGUUUCCUCUUCAUAGCUAAGAGACUUGAAAAUUCUGGACUAAACCUUAGCUUAUGAGAGAAAACAGUGAGCAAAGUGAGUGAAGUGUUCAUUAUUGUUACCAGGGAAAAACUUGGUUGUAUAGCAGCAAUUCUCAUAAUACUAAGGUUUAUUGAGUGCUUACCAUGUGCCAAGACCUGCUUUUAAGAAUUUUACUCAUUUAAUCCUCAUUACCAACUCCAUGGGGUAGUUUACUAUUGUUAUUCCAGUUUUAGAGCCAAAGAAUCUAAGGCACAAAGAAGUUAAGUAACUUGCUCAAGUUCACACACCUAGUACAGUGACUCCCUCUCAACAAAAGUGUUGGGGAAAUAUGAACUAUAAAGGGUCUAGCAACGUUAGCAAGAGGUUGAAAAGUAUUGGUGACAGUACUCUGAUGAAUCUAGGUUAUUUGAACCAAGAUUUGUUAUUUAGAAAAGUUAACAGUUGCUUCUUAGGGAUCAGUUGUUUUAUUCCUGGAAAAUGUUUUCCAUUGUGCUACAAAUCUCUGUCUGAUCUGCUAAGGAAACAAUUUUGUGAAGUGAAUCCAAAAAGCAGAAAAGAUGCUUCAUUACUUUAAAUAGUAGUGCUAAGCCUAUUAUAGCCUCUGAAUUGUCCAUUCUUUGAGUUUGGAAUGCUGCCAGCUUACUUAUUCGGAGCUCAAGAGUAUGAUCUCAUAUGCCCCUACUGACAUUCUCAUGCAUUGCAGAAUGUAUAAUUGUUAUCUUUUUGUUUUGGACUUUAUAUUACAAAAUUUUAAAGAUUCUAUCCUAUUUCAUCAUCAUUAAACAAAAAAUUGUGCUGUGUAUUGUGAUACUUGAUCAUCUUCUAGAAUCCUUCUGUGAAUCUAAUAGAAGACCUCCUGAAUCCAGUGUCACUUAAACCUUACUUCUCUGUUCAAAUGAAGGGGAACCAGGCAGAAGCGUUAGUUUCCUUUAUUUCCCUUCCUGAGAUAUAAGGAAAUCAUCUGAGAUAUGAGGAACAUGGGCUUGGCCUGGCGCCUUCUUCAAGCUUGCUUCUCUACAAGCUCCGUGACGUACAGACCUGGGGUCUUGCUGGUUAGGCUCUUGAUGUGUAAAGCUCAGCUUGUAUUCAUUACUAUGCUGUUGUUUUAACCAGCUCUGACCUCCUCAAAUGGUCCAAUACUAAUUAAUUGACAAAUGUUAUAGUUUGUGCAUAAGCAACUGUGGUUUUUUACCUGUAAAUUAUCGCUAAAAUGUAUAUGUUCACUAUUCUUUAUGUCAUGUAUCAAGAGUUCCUUUGGUGCCAUCCCUUUACUUUGUAAGCAGGGCUAAGUUACUUCACUGAACGUGAGGCUCUCAAUUUAAAAUCACAUCUUUAUUAACUAUAGUACACGUCUAUAUUGUGAGAUACAGAAUGGUUGUGUAGAAAGGAAAUCAAGACACCUGGGUCUAGAAUUAACUUUGCCAUCUACUAGUGGGGGGAUAUUGGGCAAGUCACUUAUCCUAUCUGCAUCUCAGUUUCUUCAUCAGAAAAAUAGAAAUAAUCAUGCUUCCUUCUAGUUUUUAAACCAAAUGAUAUAAUGUAGGUGAAAGCAUGUUUAAGCUCUUCAGUAUUGUGCACAGGCAGCUGUUAGUGGUCUUUAUAAAGGAAGAUCUGAGAUAGAAGAAAGCACUGUUGUGUAUAGGAGUAGAGGUUUUGGAGUGAGACUGACCUGGGUUUAACUUUCAGCUCUGCUGCUUACUAAGCUCUGUGUCCUUGGCAGGUGUCUCGCCCAAUUCCUUCUUUUUAUAGAGAAAUAGAAAUUCUUCAUGGGGUCUGUAUGAGGACUGAAUAACCUAAUGUAUAUAAAAUAUUUAGGGGAGUUUAUGAACUUAGUAAGUAUUCAAUAAAUGGUAGGUUGGAUAAUGA